AUGUGGUUCUACAGACCUCACAGCGAGACACGAGGCCACAAAGGUCACGUGCUCCGAGCAGCAGGAGGUCACCCUGCAGUGUCCCCUCCCGCCUGGGCGGGAGUCCGCGGCGGCUCACGCUCAGCCCGUCCUCUGGUUCAUUGGCAGCGGGCUGAACGGGUCGUGCGCGCACCCCGACUACGUGGAGAGCUUCAUGAAAGGGGGCCAUCAUCGCCAGGCCCUUUUCGACAUCAAACACCACCACUUCAUCCCGGACAACCAUCGGACGAGCUUGGGACGCAGCGACGACGGUUCGAGCCUCACGCUCUCCGUGCGAAACCUGCGGGCGUCCGACUCUGGCCACUACUGCUGCGCGAAACGCGUCCACCGCCACGGCCACCCGGAGGUGCCCCACGCGGGGACAAAGGAGACACCACCCAACGGCACCCAAAAUCCCGCGAGCGCGACGCUAACGCGGGCGCAUCGCCGAGACAAGACGGGGCUCACCCCUACAACGUGCUGAGCAUCACGGAGCUGCUCGUCACCCAAGCGCAAGGUGUUGGAGUGAAAACAUCGCCUGCUUGCCACGAUGGCAAAGCUGAUACCCGCGAUGUUCUCAUCGUCAUCCUCAUCUCCCUCGUCAUCAUCAGCGUCAUCGUGAUUGUCAUCACCUGCUUUCGAGCCCAGAAGCGCAGAGGGAGGGUGAUUGAACGGGAGAUGAGCAACAUUCAGAGCCCCACGUCUGCACAAGUGAUGUCCCCAGACUCAGACAUGCCUGUGUUCGACUUCGAGUACCAGCCCGGGCUUCAGGGAGGGGUCUUCCCCCGGCCAAGUCCUCUGCAGUCGAGCCUUGACGAGGAGGUGUUCACGGACGAGCACGACAACGUCGCCUCCACGCUGCAACUCUACAGCGUCUAGGCAACUGCGGAGGCCACUUGAUGCAACUUUUCCCGCACCUCCCCAUCAGCACGGUUGGCUACGUACGCUGCGAAAGAAGUUUGACAUGCAUGCAAUUCGACGCAAACGCCGGGUAACUCGAUACGGCUACGGGGAAUCCGGUGCAGCUUCGGGGUAACUCGAUGCAACUCAACGUGGCUCGACGCAACUUCCCGGGGGCAACUCGAUACGACUCCAGGCAACUCGGCGUCCCUCCUAGUAAUCUGACGCAACUCGACACGACUCAAAGCAAUCCUGGGAAACGCAGUUAAACUCCAAGCAACUACGGGGAACUUGACGCAACUCCAGGCAACUUCACACAACUUUGGGGAACUCAGUGUAACUCAGCACAACUCAACGUGCCUCCUGGAUAUUAAAUGCAACUUGACGCAACUCUGGGCAACUCAACGCAA